UAUAUUCAUAAAUCUUUUCUUUUUUUCCUUUUUUGUAUUUGAUUUCUCUUUUAACUUAAUCUCAAAAAGGAGAAGAACCUUUUUUAUUUUUUGUUGUUUGUCAUGGCUUUCUUUGUUUUCUACUAUCUCUGUUUCACCGCCGUCGUCUCCGCCGUCUUCUUCCUCCUCCUCCGUUCUUCCCGUCUCCGGCGCCUCUGUUUGCCGCCGGGAAACUUGGGUUUACCUUUCGUCGGGGAGACUUUACAGCUCAUAGCUGCUUACAAGACCGAGAACCCCGAACCCUUUAUCGACGAGAGGGUGAGCCGGUACGGUUCAAUCUUCACCACCCAUGUUUUCGGCGAACCCACUGUUUUCUCAGCUGACCCCGAAACCAACCGGUUCAUCUUGCAAAACGAAGGGAAGCUCUUCGAGUGUAGUUACCCCGGUUCGAUAUCGAAUUUGCUUGGCAAACAUUCAUUGCUCUUGAUGAAAGGAAGCCUCCACAAAAGAAUGCACUCCUUGACCAUGAGCUUCGCUAACUCGUCGAUUAUCAGGGAUCAUCUUUUGGUCGAUAUAGACCGGUUGGUCCGGCUCAACUUGGAUUCCUGGACCGACCGCGUCUUCCUCAUGGAAGAAGCGAAGAAGAUUACUUUUGAGUUAACAGUGAAGCAGCUGAUGAGCUUUGAUCCUGGUGAAUGGAGUGAGAGUUUGAGAAAAGAAUACGUUCUUGUCAUUGAAGGCUUCUUCACUGUCCCUUUGCCUCUCUUUUCCACCACCUACCGUCGAGCAAUCAAAGCGAGAACAAAGGUGGCAGAGGCAUUGAGCUUGAUAGUAAGGGAGAGGAGGAAAGAGUUUGAAGGAGGGGAAAGGAAGAACGACAUGUUGGCAGCUUUAUUAGCAGGGGAUGACAACUUUUCCGAUGAGGAAAUUGUUGAUUUCUUGGUAGCUUUGCUUGUUGCUGGCUAUGAAACAACCUCAACUAUCAUGACUCUUGCUGUCAAGUUCUUGACUGAGACCCCUCUUGCUUUGGCUCAACUCAAGGAAGAGCACGAGGGGAUUAGAGCAAAGAAAAGUGAGUCAGAGGCUCUAGAAUGGAUUGAUUAUAAGUCAAUGCCAUUCACUCAAUGUGUUGUUAAUGAGACAUUGCGAGUAGCAAACAUAAUCAGCGGAGUCUUCAGGCGAGCAAUGACAGAUAUCAACAUAAAAGGUUAUACAAUUCCAAAGGGUUGGAGGGUUUUUGCAUCGUUUCGGGCUGUACAUCUCGACCAUGAUCACUUCAAAGAUGCUCGCACUUUCAAUCCAUGGAGAUGGCAGAAUAACUCCGGGAUGAGCUGUCCUGGAAACGUUUACACACCGUUCGGAGGAGGGCCUCGACUCUGCCCGGGUUAUGAGCUUGCUAGAGUAGAACUCUCUGUAUUUCUACACCACCUUGUAACUCGGUUCAGUUGGGUUCCUGCUGAAGAAGAUAAGUUGGUAUUCUUCCCAACAACCCGAACACAGAAGCGGUAUCCGAUCAACGUGCAGCGUCGUCUUCAGAACGCAACAUUAGCCACAUAAAGAGUUCAGACAGAAAAGCCAGGAAGAGAGGAAAAACAAGAAGGAAAAUGGAGUUUUAAGAUAAUGUAGGAAGAGAGGUGUAAUCAUUUUGGAUGGAUCGGAUGCAAUAAUCAAAAUUUUUUUUUUAAAAAAGUAGAGUUAGUGAAUGUAAAUUAACUAAAUUCUUAUGUGUUGGGGAGUUGCGAUAUUGGUAGGAAGAAGAGGCAGUGGGCAUCAUUUUGCUCCAUAUUCAAGUUUGUAA